GCAUAUGGAAUACUUCGAAUAAAAGGGGCUAUAUUAAAAAGUUUUCAAAUAAUGUUUUACUCGAAGAUGUUCCAACUAUUAUUCUUGCCGCAAUUGUUGCUGUAUGCGGCCCUGGUAAUUCUCAUUUCCUCACACAUAUAGGACGUAUUUUUACUAUUGAACGCUUAGACCAGGGUUCAAUCCCAAAUAACGUUUUUGAUUAUUUCCUUCCAACUUUAGUGAAACGACUUGGAUAUAAUUCUGUAGAUGCUAAUUUACCACCAUAUGCAAUAGCAACUGUUUUCAUAUACACUACGUUAUUUUUUGUAUCAGUUGGUGUAUAUGCUGCGUCACCAAUAGUUUAUAGUUGGCCUACUGGUGAUAUCACUUUACCGUCACUAAUAUUGGAAGGUCAUCGGAAUCCUACUUAUCCAACUAAGCUUUGCUCCUUCAUUUUAUGUUGGGAUAUAA